AUGAAUUGGGUUCCCGUGAUAGAUUAUCAUCUUUACGUGGCUUCGUCGUCGCUGCUGCACACAAUGAUCACUUUCUACCCAAAAGAACCCAAACCUAGCCCACUGAAUGAGAUCGAACGUCUACAAGCUCUAUUGCGAGCCAAGGAUGAUCAUUUAGACAAACUAAAGACGAAGCAGAGCCUAGCUCAGCUCUCAUCCAAGUGUGUGUCCGAUUUUGAACAAGAGUUCGAUAAACAGGAUUGGAGGAACAUGUUCAAUUCCUCCGCGGACUACGUUUUUUCAAUUGAAGAGCGUUUACGGCAGUUAGCGAAUCGUAACGGUCAGUUUCGCUCUUGGGCAGAGUUCCAAACUCUCUCGAACAAACUCGAGCUCUUUCUUCGAGUGGCACAACAACAUCAUCGAGUCAUGAAGAAAGCAAUUGAUGAGUAUGGCCGAGAGAUGCUGAAGAUUCUUCAAACCCUGGACGUUAUGAUAUUUGCUGAUACGAACAAUGAAAACGUCAUGGUCUUCGCACCGGAUCAGAUACUCAAGGAUGUAGCUGCUGCUGGGGGAGGAAAUUCAACUGGUGCAGCUUCUUCGAAAAUUGCCUUUGGGUCAGAUAUCAGCGUGAAAGGUAGUGUGACACCACAGAAUGGACUGGCUGUUCCGCCCUUAGGCUUCUGUGCGACUUCGUUGAGUGCUGAAACAGAAACGAUUAGAACAGCAAAUAUUCCGCCGCCACCUGUUGCUCCAGCGACUGAUGUCUUUACGCCACCAACGGAGACACCUUCCAUACCAUUCUGUGGUAACGGGCCUACAAUGCCGUUGCUGACCCCACCGGCUACACCUGAAAAUUUCGUUGCCGCUAGAAAUGUUCUACUCCCAGCUCAUUUUGAUAUGCGUCUUCCUCUUUAUGCUCGAGUGUGGUCUGCUGCAUCGGCUCUGUCCAAUUUUCUUCAUAUUCCACUGCCACCAUGCACACCAAACGAGCUUAACGCUGUCAGUCUUCCAGCAAAUACCACGACUGCUGGCGAAUCAUUGCUUCCACCUGCACAAUCUCGAAAGCAUGGAAUGCUUCCUCCAUUCACACCACCAGAAAGCCAGUUGCUGUUGAACCUGAAAACUCCUUCAAUCAAAGGAAGACGCUCAUCAAGAUUGCUGAAGAAGUUGGCUCCAGCAGCCGGGCAAGGCUCUAAUACGACAGUGUCUGCCGCAGAGACCACUAAUAAGGAGAUGGCUGACACAGUGAAUGUUUUAGUUGGGAAACCACUCACGAUGAGCUCUACGAUGAAUGCAGAACCUGCCAAUGCUGACGUAUUGCCACCGGUUGUGGAUUCGGAUCCUGACUGUGUACUCUCACGAGUCAUUAGUGGCUGUGAAGGCUGGACGACCUCCACGAAGAACAUCAUGAAACAUGCCUCGCUUCAUAGUCCUAUGGACAGUUUGACGAUGCAUUUUGUGAACACGGAAAAUUUCGGCGAAGAUAUGGUUGCAAACUGGGCCGAAUUUUUCGAAGCGAGACAAGGACUUUUUCGAGGCAUAGCGAACACGAAUAUCGGGAACCGCCCCGAAACAAUUGAGUUGAUGCCGUCCUCGUGGAGACCGACAAAAUUCCCGUCCGAACCACUUUGCCAUCUUUAUGUGUAUGAGUCAAAUCCAGGCGAGGAAGGUUUCAAGGAACAUGGAUGUGUAUGGGACUACUUAGAACAAAUCAGCAUGUUCAGGUCCCGACAGCAGUCAGCAGCCACCUAUCCUCCUGAUAGGCGACCCGAUCGGGGGUCAGGGAUGGGAUCGGCUCUCUACAAGGCAGCUGUCCUCCAUUUCCCGUCUAUCUGCUCUGGAGCAAUUCUACAGAACGACACGCGUUCGACGGCGGCGAAUUCUAACCUGUAA